UCUAUCUCUCAUUAUCAACAGUCAGUAAUUUGCACAUCAAUACCUAGUAGUACCGGACCUUACUUUUUAUUCACCAUGGCAGGCCUCUUGCCCCUUCUAUGCUUUGGCCUUCUCAAGCCAGGACUCGCCACGGCUGGUCUGGACGGCCAUCCACUCCAAGGUCGGAAAAUACCUGAGUGUGACUCUAAUUGUGGUCAGUCCAAUACAAGCCCCACUACAAGCAACACUUACCUAACUCGUCAUUGCUUGCUAGGCACAUGGUGCUGCCCUCCUGCCCUUCGCUGCGCAUAUGUAGAGAUGGCGGGUGGGUGGAGUUGCUUUGAGAACAAAAGCUACACACAAUCGGCAUUUACAGAGCUUCCAACUACAGCCUCAACUUCACUAGACCUUUCGGAUGAAUCCGUCAUAACUCAUACCUCAUUGGCAACUCUGAGCACCACAGCAUCUAGCGAGGCAACCUCUAAUACUAAUAAAAGCCCUCGAUAUAAUAUAUUCUUAUGGUGGAAAUAUUAUUAUAUUAUUAUUAUUAUAUUUGCUGGUUUCUAUUAACUUUAAUUAUAAUAAAUGGGCUUUAAAUUAAAGUAUUAUUUUAUAUAAUAAGUAUAAUAUAAAUAAUAAGUAUAUAAGUUAAAUAAGUAUAUAAAGUACUAACCUUAUAAAUAUAUAUU